AUGGACGGAAUGCUGCCCUGCGCUGAGGUGGAUGGAGAAGUGUCCUCUGCCCCGGAGGAUCUGGGAGGAGAGAUGCCCUGUGUGGGGAGUGAUACUGAGGGAGACGUGUCCUCUGCCGAGAGCGAUGCAGAAGGAGAGAUGCCCUGUGCUGAGACCAACACAAAAGAAGAGGCACCUUGUGCUGAGAGCAGUGUGGAAGGAGUGGUGCCUGGCAGCAACGGGGAAGGGGGAAUGCCCUGUGCCAUGAGUGAUGCAAAAGGAGAGGCAUCUUGCUAUGAGAGUGACGGGGAAGAAGUACCGGAUACUGAAAUACCUGCUGCUUCAAAGAAAAUGUCUUCAAUUUCUUCUCCCUUGCGGGCAAUCAUCCGCUUGCGGCGACGAUACCGGGUGCAAAAGAAAAGCCGUCUGCAUUUAGAGCUCCCUCGAGAAAAGUCUUCAGAGCUUGUCCAUACGAGGCUGCUACAAAGGCAGCUUUCCCUGAACCGAACUAGCCUGUAUGGCUCUUCCAUGCCCUUCUUUAAUCAGACCGGUUUUGAAACUUCCCAGUACUUUACCUUUGACACAUCUGGGGAGCAGUAUGCUAUGAAAAAAUGCAGGCGGAAAAAGAGUCGAAGGAAAUCUAGGAUGGUCCUCUAUCCAGAUAAAACAAAAAGAUACCUUCCAACAGAGGAGAAGAGCAAGGCAAAACGCUGCCUCCUCUUGCUCAUUGUCAUUAUCUUCUUCCAGAUUCUCAAUGCAAUAGAGAACCUGGAUGAUAACCUCCAAAAAUACGACCUAGAUGGUUUGGAGAAAACAAUGCACCGGGAAGUAUUUGGGCAGAAGUUUGCUGUGGAAAGUAUUAUGGAAUUACUGAAAGACUAUCUGGCUACCCACAUACACAACAAGCCUCUAGUAAUCUCUUUAAAUGGCCCAACAGGAGUUGGGAAGAGUCAUGUUGGCUGGCUGCUGGCCAAACAUUUUCUUUCCGUCAUGGACAAUGACUUUGUGCUUCAGUACUUCGUUAUGCAUCACUGCCCCAAUGGGGUGGCUCCCCUUACUUGUGAAAUAGAUUUGUCUAAGAAGAUUUCUGACAUGGUUACAAGAGCCGAAAUAGAGGAGAAGAUACCCUUGUUUAUUCUGGAUGAGGUUGAACUCAUGUCUCCAGUCCUGCUGGAUACUCUCAGCAGAUUCUUCGAGCCCAAUCAAACCAAUGAGUUCCUCAAUGCCAUCUACAUUUUAAUAAGCAACAUAGGAGGUGGUGAAAUAACAAAAUUUGUUAUCCAGAAUGCGUCUGCUGAGCUUCUGCAUCAGCAAAGGGGAGUUGAAGAACUGCUGGGCGUUGUCCAGCCUGUACUGAUCGAUGUCCACCCUCUCUGGAAAUCUGCGGACAUCAUCCCAUUUGUUCUUCUGGAGAAGACUCACGUCAUAAACUGCUUCCUAGAGGAGAUGAGGAGGGAAGGGCUGUAUCCUGACCAGAAGCACAUUGAAAAUUUAGCGAGUCAGCUCAGUUACUACACUACAGGGGACAAGCAGUACUCCAGGAUGGGCUGCAAGCAGGUCGUGGCCAAAGUCAACCUGCUGUAG